AUGUCUACACCAGUGCCUGACACACCGCCUAGCACUCCGCCGUUGGAUACUUUGAUAUCUGUCCCACGAUUUCUUGAGAUCGAGCUUGCUAAUAGGCUACCCACCGAAAGCACAAUGGCACAGAAGAACAUUUCCUCAUUAGGACAGAAGACUGUGCCUUCUACAACGUCAAGUGCUCCCACUCGUCGCGCGAGUCCCAGAAAGGCUGUAAGCGGCCUCUGCUUGCCAAACUCCAACCGGGGUGGUUCAUACUGCUACAAGCGACUGCUAUUUGGUGGUAGUAACCACAUUAAUGUUCCGUUGAAGCUUUUGUCUGGGCAACUACCUAGAAUGCAAUGUUUCUUUUGCCGACAAGGUGGCGAAGUAGCAACAUGCUCUUCAUGUACAUCGUUCGCAGCGUGUUUUACGGCAAACGGAUUUCAAGGUUGUAUCCCAGGACAACUCAUGGACCAAUGGAAGUGUCCAAAGUGCCUCCAGGAUGCCGGCAAGCCGAUCCCAUACGCAAUUCCAACCCUUUCUGUCGGUGGCAGCCGCUUCGGAAUGUCCUCCGAACCACUGGUUAUUUACAAUAUAUAUUUCGACAAUGCCCAUUCUGGAAACCCAGCUGAAGCUUCUGCCCGUCUGUUAGAAUCGAUGUGCUACGGACGCUACAUUGGAAAUCCACGGAGUUUAGAUGCACUGCAGUUGAAAUUCACAGAUCUUGCAGAUGGAAAAAGCAAAAAGCAAAUAGCUUGGAAUAGAAGCGUAAUUCUCGAGCAUCAGCAAUCCUCUCGUUUGAUCAUCAUUAUCAAUACUCACGCAAAUCCUGAGGAUGGCAGAUUGCUCUACGGAUCAGGCAAAUUCGCGAGUCUUGAUGCAAUCCUUAGUCACAUCCUUGAUCUUUCCGUGAUCAAAAAUUACAGAAAAUCAUUUUUGUUUCUGGUCACAUGCGGAGGCUUUGUCAAGUAUGCGCUUGAGGAACUCAAAUCUAGUUGCCAGUGGUUUUCUUCAGCUAUUGCAUUUGGUGCCGACAGUGUGGAUCCGCUCCUAGUGUCCACUCAAUUUUUGUUCACUCUAAUGGAUUUUCAUAUCUUUGGUUGUGAACCGUUUGAUUUGGCUGUGCAUCGCGCAUACAAGAAGGAAGUUGCUUCUCACACCUCUGUUUAUAUUGCAAACCAGUCUCAGGUUGGACGCCUUAUUGAAUGUGCUUGGCGGCGGCGGCCCAACGGUGUGGAUGUCCGAUGCUGCAAUACACCUGCAAAAUAUGUAGCAACUCGGCCACACAAGGGAAAGGAUGUGGCAAUCUUCCGGUGUCGGGAAAAAACGCAUCCAGAGGGAGUGACACGUGUCCAAUACAUCGAACCAUUGCUCGAUGCUGACGGGGUGAGGAAAAUUUAUGGGAAACGUGGGGACUUCCGGUAUAUGUUCGAGUUUGUAUGA